AUGCCGAUCACCCUAAGGCUUGACAACAAAACUGCCCCUCGGGAAGUCGUCGCCGUCCCGCUAACUGCGGCGGCAUUUGCCCCGUUCGGCGACGUGGUGCAGAAUCCACGGCCAGACCUCCAUCCGUCAGACUUCACACCCGCCGGCCACGAUGCACCACAUAAUCCGGUGGGGGCGAACCAGGGCUUCGCCAUCAAGUAUCAGCACCCGACGCGGCCACUGAACCUGUACCCGCAGGCGCCGAGUCGCGAGCCUGGCGUCGCCGUGGUCAACGUCUUUGUGUGCGCGGCUCGAAAGAUCGACGACGCCGGGUUUCCCAUCCAAGUGCUGGAGAGGCACCCCUUUACCACGCAGACCUUCACGCCGAUGUCCCGCGAUGGGUCCGACGUGAGGUACCUCGUCAUCGUUGCGCCCAGCUUACGGGCGGGUGCUGCGGACGAGGGCCUGCCGGUGCCCUCGUCGUCCGGAUCGUCGUGGACCCAUCCUGGUAGGGGCCUGCCCGAUCUCUGUCGACUCCAGGCCUUCAUCGCGACGGGCAGCCAGGCCGUGACUUACGGGGCCGGAACUUGGCAUGCGCCCAUGGUUGCAUUGGGACCGGAAGGGACAUGUGUCGAUUUCUUCGUGACGCAGUUCGCCAAUGGCGUUGCGGUCGAGGACUGUCAAGAGGUUGUAUAUGUUCACGAUGACAAGGUCGGGGAGACAUCGGCGCUGCAGCAGGCAGUAUCUGUACACAUGCCAUCGAAACCGCCGGGUCUCUGGACGCCUCGCAGUGGUGGCGCGAGACUUUGA